UUUCCUGUCGAAUAAAUAAAUGUUUUUUUCCCCCUCAGGCUGGCAAGUAUAGCUGUGUACAAAGUUGAUCAGAAAGCAGGGAAGAAGUUUUAACGCUGUCUUCUCCAGUUUCCUGGUAAAUAGGCGUUUCCUUAUGGGGCUUGUUCUUUAAGUUUUUUUCGGAGACGUGUUGCGAAAGGGAGCGACAUAUUUGGACAUGGGUACCUGGCUAAAGUUACUCCUGUUUGUAGCAGUUCACCUUUCUUCUGCCUAUGGAUACGAUGGAGGAUCUGGAUAUACAGCGCUAGAAGACGAUGAAGAUGUUCAUGCGCGUACACAUGAAGAGGAUCCUUGGUGCGCUCCCAUCAAGGUAAAAAACGGCCAAGCCAGGUGUCGAACCCCUCGAGGAGAAUACUACAAAAACGUCAUGGGAACCAGGUGUAACAUUCACUGCAACAAAGGCUACGAAAUACAAGGGCAUCCGGAAGUCCACUGUCUGUCGAGCAAGCGGUGGUCAGGCAACUACGCAUGCAGAGAAAUCCGCUGCCCAAAACUGACUUUGCCAGCCAAUGGAGGAGUCAAGUGUUCCGAUGGUUCUUAUUUUAACUCCAGGUGCCAGUUCUUCUGCUCCCCUGGUUAUCAGCUGAAAGGAGAGCAGUCUGUGACCUGCAUGAGUAACAAAGCUUGGACCGGGAAGCACACAGCGUGUGUGGAUGUGGAACCGCCCACUAUCAAGUGCCCCAGUGUGAAAGAGAAGACCGCCGAGCCAGAGACACUGACUGCCCGAGUGUACUGGGAAACCCCUGAGGGACGAGACACCGCAGACGGCAUUUUGACCGAUGUCACUUUGAAAGGCAUGUCUCCAGGCUCUUACUUUCCAGAAGGAGAUCACAAAAUCCAGUACACCGUGUUUGACAGAGCAGGAAACAAGGGUACCUGCAAAUUCGCAGUGAAAGUGCGAGUUCGCCGCUGUGGCCGUCUGUAUCCCCCAGAAAAUGGCUACAUGAAAUGCAGCAGCGAUGGAGACAACUACGGGGCCACGUGCUCGUUCGCCUGCAUGGGGGGGUUCGAGCUACAAGGAAGCACAGCCAGAGUGUGUCAGUAUGGGUUGACCUGGGCCGGGACUGAGCCAUCUUGUGCACCUAUGAAUAUAAAUGUAGCGGUGAGGUCCGCUGCUGCCCUGCUGGAUCAGUUCUAUGAGAAGAGACGGCUGCUCAUUGUGUCUGCACCCUCUGCAGCCAAUCAUAACUACAGGUUCCAGAUGGGAAUUCUUCAGCAAGCUCAGUGUGGUGUGGACAUGAGACACAUCACCAUCAUUGAACUUGUGGGGGUUUACCCAGCGCAGAUUGGCAGGAUCAGACACAGGCUCAUCCCACCAGGCCUCUCCUUGCAAUUGAGGUUGUUGCUGCAGAUCUCCCAUACCAGUUACACCAUGGUGCUGAUUGACAAGCAUGGAAUGGACAAAGAGCGCUACGCGUUCCCCGUCACUGCAUCGGAAAUCUUCACUCUGAUCGAUACUUUUCCUCUCAGAAAGGAAGAGAUGAAAGUGCAGGCAGAGGCCGGACAGACCUGUAAUUAAUUCCAUCGUCCACUGUGCCCCGCAGCGGGAUCAAGUCUUCUACCUGAAUUUACUCAAAGAGGCAUGCCUUUUUUUAUAUAAACAUGUACAGAAAGUUACAUACUCACGUUUGUCAGUACGCUUGAUAGGCUUAUACAUUUGGGUUUUCUGUUAUUUAAAUGCUGCCACCAAUCUUUUUUUUUUUUUUUUUAACAUGGGAGAAAAUCUCAUCAUCUAUGUAGCCCAAACAAAAUGUUUGUUUUAAUAUUUAUGUUUUGAAAUAUUUCAGUUUGUGACUUGUCUGAUUUUAUACUGUCAUUUAUGUCAAUCCAAUUGCAAGUGGUUGAUUUGGUAUUUUCUAUUGGUAUAUCAGUAAAUGUGAGACAUUAAAAUAACCUGCUUUCUUGUAUUCUGUGG